GGAAAACCCCCAUAAAGGUGCUCUUUGGGUACAGGUCAAAUUUUUAGGUUGAUCUUUUACAGAUUCUUGUCCGCAUGGCCUCCGCAGCGACUCUGAGCCCGAACGCGGCGGCCGGGGUGCUGCCCGUGCCUGCGCCAGCAGUUUCACCCGGAAUAGUUUCGAGUGGAGGCGUGCAGCCUAGCAUCGUGUCUACUGCAGCUACUACGGCAGUGACAUGGAAAAACUCUAUUCAUACUGGCUGCCUCGAUGCAAAAGACCUGCUCGUAAGCCUUUUCGGCUACAUCCUUGUCCCAAAGUUUCUUAUAAUCGAAAAUUUCAGACUGGGAAUCCUUUGCCGCUUUCUCCAGUUCUGCGCAGUUUCGCUGGUCGUCACGUACUACAUUUUUCUUCUUUCAAGCACUGCCAAAACUACUGUUCUACAAUAGUACGACUUUAGUAAUAGUCGAAGACCUAGCACAUAAAGUAGCGCAAAAACUACAUCCGAAAGGCCCUCGUCAUACCCACAUUCAACGUCGCAUCCACAGACAAAUUCUCGUCCAGAAGCAGUGGAUUUACUAUUCGACGCCUAGUGGUGAGUUGUAUUAUCUCGACGGGGCGUUUGCACAUGCAGGCGCGAACAGGCACGACGCAGGCGCUGAGUAUUGCGCCAAUAUCGCGAAGUAUGACUUUUCUGAUGGAGCGAUGGCGGUGAAACCCACAAAAUGUCUGGACUUGCCAAACACGCGAAGAUCAUACCCCGAAGGUCAGACAAUAUUCGUGCCGACCUACGUAGUCGAAAAGCAGCAAGUACUCAACGGCUGUUUAUUUGUUGUCCUUCGUGCGAACGCAGAGAGUAAAAACUUCUAGGUUUCCUCGUUGAGUGCAGUGUGGCUGUGGGCUGCUUGAAGGUGCCGGAAUUCGAACUUUGACUUAUUCAUUGGUUACGUACAAGUACUUACAUAGAAUUGCAACAUUAAAAUCCCCAUCAGAGCUUCGACACCGCGGGCUGCACCGCACUGGCUUCAUCAUGCACAAACCCGGGAGACGUUUUCUCGCCAAUAGGGACGCAUACGGAGGCGUCUUCUGGAGAGUGCGUUUGCGAGAAUACGCACGAAUACUUCGUCAGCAAACCUGAAGAUACUCAAGUCGACUUUCACUUUCGAUUUGAAGCGGCACAGGAAGACAGCGGCAAGCGAAAAGAGCGCGGAAGCACUGAUACCAGAAUCAACAAACCGGUACUGAUUUUUGUGAUGAGGACAAGAAAAGAUUGAGAAAUGUUCAUUCUUGUGUGUGACACCGUAACAAUCUUCGAUACAACCAGAGUGAUUCUCCUGUUGAAUAACAAAACAUAUAUUCACAUGCAGUAUUCCGUGGAUAUGACGGAGGAGCCUUACGUAGUCGAGAAUCUAGACCACGAAAUCAUCACAACCUUGCGACGAAAAGGAACGAAGGAUGCAACCGUAGGAGGCUUGCGGUUUGUCUUAUGAGCGUAGAUGUGGAUUUAGUCUCACUGUCUUUUCAAUCGUUUGCUAGUAGAACUCGUUUCCCUGCACUUCUAUGCAGGCUUCAGCGUACUAAUCGUUAAUAACUCGGUAAUUUCCCGCGAUCAAUCUGUCCCACUUCAUGCAACUCAACCGCCGGCCAGCCAGUGAGCAUUCCGGUGUCUGCCUUCUUGCAAGCAGCUAACAUUGGAGGACUAGAACAAAGUAGCGUGUUCGCAAACCACAAGCACGCCAAUGACAAUACGCUGCUCGCUGCGGCGCCACUGCGGUCCACCGGUGUGGACAUUGCCAUCUCUAUCAACUGCGCUCGGAAGGACUUGGGUGUAACAGAAGAGCAAGACCUUAACGUCUACUGCGAUAUCAACGCCGACGCUGAGCCAGCAUGGACGACGCGCACUGACGCAGUGAGCGACGACUUCAACUCCCGUACAGGCAGCGGCGUACUCAAGACCAAGAAGCAACACGGUGUCCGCCUUAGCUUCCGAAUGACUGGUCGCUUCGGUUACUUUUCAACCAGCAUUUUCUUAUGGCCAAAGGUAAGUUUCUCUUUUUCAACAGCAAAGGCGGAUAUGAGUACAACGAUCUUUGGUCUUUAAUAAUUAGUUCAUUAAUAUAAAGAAAUGUGAGUCUGCAACUUCAAGUGGAAAGUAGCUGAAGCUGUCUUUUUCGGUCACCUUCUAAUCUUCAUCGGAUCGCUCACAAGCGCAAUCGUGCUGCUAGAACUCCCUGGUAAGGCAGUGAUGCUCCUGGCCCUCUUCUGCCUCGGGCUGCUUUCUCGAGUCUACUACUCGUGCCAAUCGCAGAGACUGAACCUCAGGCACCAAGUUCACGGCUUCGCGGCACGAAUGAUCAACGCGAAAAAGGUACUUACAAUAAAUUCUAGGGGUUCUUUAUCUUCAUCUUGUAUACGUAAAGUACAAAAUGCUUCAAAGGAACAGGUCUGUCGUGAACAUUUCAAUUUUAUCUUCAUCGCUUGCGUCCGCAAACUCCUUCUGUAUCCGAUGACCUCCUGUUUCCUCGAUUUAUAACAGAGCUACGAGCAGAUUUUAGGCGAGCACAAGUUAUCGUCGUCUCUGGAUCGCGCGACGCUCGGACGCGAAAUGAAGCAGGCCUUUCACCAUCUAUGCGAGGAAUUUGAUGAGGAAGGCAAUCCCAUUCCGGAUGACAACAAGCCUUUACAAGCCGCAGAAGUCGAAAAGAUGUGCGAUUUAGUCUAUCACGGCUUAGACGAGGAUCAGGAGGGCGGCAUCUCACUCGACGAAUACGUAGAUGCGAGUACGAGUAAUGAAGUGCUGCGCGUAGGCCAGAUCUGCCAGUUCUUCGACGACGAGCGGCCGAAAACGUGCUUGGAGCGAGUCUUCGACGAUUCGAAGUGGCAAUUGGACGAGGAUAAUUAAGGCUAGAGAUAAAGAUAAUUCAUCUUUGAGGGCAUUCCUGAAGCGUAUAACUGAAUAUUCUCAUGGUGAUACAGUUCUUCAAGGAUGCAGAUCAAAAAUGAAUAUCGGACAGCCCUAAAAGAAGCCACGAAAACGGGCGGGCUCGAAAGAUCCAUCCGCUACACCAAGACAGGCACCGGGCUCGGCGGCGGAUAUUUUCAUGAAUCUGUAGUUAGUGCAACCACCUACAGAUUCAUCUAGAUGAUGUACUAGAACUUCAACAAACCUUUUUUUAAACAGAAGUUUUCAUCUACCGAAAUUUCAAACUUUAUUCCUCUCCCAUGUAAGUAAGUACUUCUACUUUCCAGCAGCAUUGCUAUCACCCGUAGUCGCACGCAAGUGAUUUCGGUGCUAACAACAACAUAAAUUUACCGCUUAGAUUCUCAAACAAACGGACUUCCUUGUAGAAAAAUGAGCUGAUACAUCGCAAAAAGAUUGUAACAUCAUAUUCAACAGAAGUAUUUUGCAGCACAUCUUCAUCUACCACAGCACCUUCAAUAUAAGAAGACGAAGUAUAGGCAAUCGCGCAUCUAACGCGUUCUCAGAAAAGGACAGUAGCUAUAAUAGUUCAUUCCGUAUUCUGCUCGAACUUGUCGAUUAUAGACAAGUUGUUGUAGGAAACAUCAUUGUCCAACUCUUGAUUAAUAGAAGACGUGCCUCGUCUGAGCUGCUUGUUGCCAGUUCUAGUACGGGUUUCGUCACGUUGGAUAGAAGACGGGUACGAUUUUGCACAGAUCUUGCACGAGAAAUAAGCAUUGUGCGAAAUUUAGCGACACGACAUGCGAGCCUGUGAACAGUCACACACAGUUGCAAAAACAAAAAGACUCGAUAUUUCUCUAAACAAAAGGAACUCGCAGAGCCUAAAACUUCAACUUGAGAGAGAAAAUAACACAGACCAACGGGCGUCCGAAGAGGCACUCACACGAGUGCGAGCAAAAGCUACAAGCUGCAUUUAUAUUUUUUCUUUCUGUUUCCUAAGAUCACCAUAAGCAUAACGGUUGAUUUUUCAUGCUGUUGAAUGCUAUGAUUCCUAUUACAGUUACGCUUCCUAUGUCAUGACUACCACGAUAACCAGCUUUUCGGCUUCGACGACCAUGGUGUCAUUCUCAUAUAUUGCAGUCAGCAGGAGAACCCGUGUCAGAGAAAUUCUUGUUGUCUUUUCUUUUGUUGAAAACUAGUCAUAA